GGGCGCCACACGUUAAACCCCAAAAGUUCUAUCGUAAUUGAUCCAACCUUCAACUUCCAACCUCCACGGAAUUCACUAAUAUCUCAGUCGGGUACUGGGAGGUUGCAAAUUAAGAAAUUGCAAGGGUAUCUGAGGAGACUCAAGUAAUUUUUAUGGCAACCGAUUCUGUCAGAAUGGAACAGACCCCACAACGAAACGCCGGUCCUACGAAGACUGAAACAACAAAAAAAUGGUCUGCGGUUGCUGCUAAAGGAAGCAAAGCAUCCCAGUCGACAAACAGUAGUGAACGUAUCUUUACUGAAACGAAAAGGACUGUGCCAGACGCGAGUGUUAAGGAUAAUGCUAAAGACAACAGUAACGUAAAUUCGAUGUCUUCAACGAACAAACGAUCCACAAAUGCACCCACAGGGCGUGCGAAUAAUGCAUAUAGGACUUCUUCGUCUAAUAGCAAAUCAUGGAAAACCGAUACAGCGAUUUCUUCGCACAGGGGCUCCGCUGAACAUCGUGAGCGUGAAUUAUUGCCUUGGAGGCCCGACCCGCAGGAUGCGAGCGCCUCUUUGAUGAGUUUGGAAGAGUCUGAGAAUCAAACAGGCGGUGGAGAAUGGGAUCAAUUCGCUGCCAAUGAAAAGCUUUUUGGUGUUCAAUCACAUUUUGAUGAGGAACAGUACACUUCUACCAUCAAUCGAAGUCACCCCAAGUAUAAGGAACGUGCCCAAGAAGCCGAUCGUAUUGCCAAAGAAAUUGAAACUUCUGCUACCGAUAACAUUCACAUUGCUGAAGAACGAGGCCGCAAGGUUGAUGAUAGUGGACUUGACGAAGAAGACCUUUACUCAGGUGUUCAGCGUUCAUCUCUUCCCGGAAAGAACAACAACCGGGGUUCAUCAUCGAGAGACAACUAUUCCCAAGGAAAAUCUCGGGAUCAUCGCUAUCGAAACGCUGGUCCACGCAACGUUUAUCUACCUAAUGAUCCUGCCAUAGUAUCUCAACGACACAUGGCAUUUUCCCGUGGCGGUGACUCUCGUGCUGCUGAAAAAUUCUUCAAUGCCCGCCGUAAGAUGGGUACAUUAUCCAAAGGAGAAAAGGAAGGUCAGAUUAAGGAAUUUAUGCAAUUCAGUCAGUCUUUGAAGUUAGGUGGAUUUGAAAAUAAAGAGGACCCUGUCAAGGAAAACAAAGAUGCUUCCAAGGAAAAGCAAAAGUCUUCCAAGCCAGCUGACGAGAUUCCAAAUGUUGAUGUCUCAAAAAAUGAUAAUAAACAAAAGGAGGAAGUUCCAUUCAAAGAUGGACCAUCUUUAGAAAAGGGAGAAAAAGAGCCUGACCCAAUAGUUGGUUCUAAUAAGGAGGAAAAGACUCAAGAAAAAAAGGAAGAUGAACCUAAGCCAGCUGCGUCUUUGGAGUCCGGUAAAGAGCAAGUAAAACCCGCAAAUAAAGAUCCUUCAAAGGCAUUGAAGUUGAACGCCAAGGCUGCGUCUUUCAAGCCCAAUGUUGGUGCACCCGUCUUUACGCCGGGCAAAUUCGUUCUUCCAGUGAAGCCCGUUGCUUCUCAACCUAUGAGUUCUCAAAAAUCUUCUAGUACAGAAACAGGAAGUGUUUCGAAAGCUUCAAACAUUGAAGCUUCUAGUGAAAAUAAAGAACGUGCGUUUUUCCCUGAUGGAGGUUCUCCAGCAGAGUCAUCUGUUAUGGAAAACUUUAACGUUAUUAAGACUGCUGCUGAACAAGAACAAAUUGGAGAAACAUUGGAGAAACCAUUUUCAUGUCCUCCUACUUGGGCUUCUGGUCCCAACAACCUACAACAUAUUGUCUCCAAUCAAAAAAUCGAGGCUGACCCAAGUCAAGGAAAACGUAAUUCGGCAACAUCAGGCCCAAUUCCUGGUUUAGUUUUGCCUAAUACACCUGUAUCACCAGCAAUGACGAUGUAUCCCCCGCCUAACGUUCCCUACAUUCCUUUUGGCUACUCAAUGCCGGGAUAUCCUCCGUACAUGCGUGCUGCAAGCCAACAAGCAUCGGUUACUGCUUCUCCCAGUGGUACACCUACUUCAGGAAAUUCUAGUGCCGUAGCUUCGCCUAUGUUUAUGGCACCUCCAGUCAUGCCUCCUUACGGUGUACCUCCGUUCCAAGCACAGGGUAGUCCUAGAGGAGUGGCCCCUGCCACUUACUAUGUGCCUCAGAUGGGAGGAAUGCCAAUGAUGACUUAUCCUGUCAAUGGUGUACCUCCUAUGUAUGGACAGUAUGCUAUGAACAAUGGGAUGAUGAACAUGCGUUAUCCUAUGUAUACAGAUUCUAGACGAAGCAAUUCCCAAAGAUCAUUCAACCCGUCCAGGGGUAACCGUCAUCAAAACAAUGGACACAAAAACGAAAACUACAACAGUAACCACAAUAAUAGUAAUGAUGGUAAUAAUGCUACUAUUCAGAAUCAGGAUUCAACUGUGCCUACUACUACCGAUUCACGAAUUCCGGAAUCUUCGGAAGUAGUUGAACCUGCACCAACUGCAGAUACUUCUGAUGAAAAGGCUUCUUAAGGAUCUGCUAUUUUGAAAACUUUGAAUAGCUAAAUGUUAUGUAGAAAUAAGACAUGAUUUAGACAUUAUCAGUUAUAUUAUCAUAUACAACAUUUU